AUGGAAAUGGGCCAGGAGCCCAGAGCGGGCACAGGGCCCCAGGCUGGCUCUGGAGACUGGCAGCCCUGGCAUUUCCAGGAAAUGGGGCUCCAAGAGCUUGGCACAGGCGUCCGACCCAACCUCCUGGCCCCUGGAACCACUCCUGCGUUACAGACGGGGACCCCGAGGGCCAGAGAGGAACAGCCGGACGGCCGAUUCCGGGAGGCUGAGGGUAACUGGCCCUUCCUGGGCCUGUCUCCAGAGCUGUCCCAGGCUCCUCCCGCCUCUGUGCUCCCCGCGGGCCUGCCCGCCUCGUCCACGACUGUCCCAACACGCCUCAGGGCUCAACAGUGUGCCACCCCAGAGAGGGCAGAGCCGGGCCGGCUCACGUCGGGCCCCAGCACCAGCCUGGAGGGUGGGCUCCCGGGGGCCCGUGGACUGCACAACCUCCGAGUGAGCAGCAAGCACACUGGGCGCCUGCCAUACUUGGCUGGGCGCCUCGGGCCCGGCCCCUGUGUCCCGCCCGGUUGGCCCAACCCAAGCUGCGGACCACCGCUGGGGCCCUUCAGGAACCUGACCCGCUCCACACCCUUCCGCGGCUCCCGCGGCCCCGCAGCGCGCGGGCAGGUGCGGGCCCCCGAGGGGCGCCCCACGGCCCCCUUCCCCUUUCCAGCUCGCUCCCCGCCGCCCCGGGCGCGCUCGGACCCCGAUACCCCGCGACUCGCCGCCCGCGGGGUAUCACGACUAGUGGUGUCCGAGCCUGGGAGGAUCCUGGCUCUAAGCGCCCGCUGUAGCUCUCGUGUCCCCAUUACACGGGCAGGGACCUGGGGUUCGGCGGCAGAGUCGGGAUCUGCCCCCAGGUCCCCGGGUCCGGUCCAGAGCGAGCACACCCCGCCUCCCGCUCAGCUGACCCGUCUCGCGCACGCCGGGAGGUUCCCGCCCGGCACAGGCCGCGGUCAGGCCCUGGGUUCCCGGGCCCGGCCCCACCGUCCCGCCGCCGCGCGCACCGGGCCGCCUCUCCCGCCGGGAGCGGCGCGGGCGGGCGCACGAAGCACAUUCUUUGUCUGCAGCGCCCGUGCACCUCCCCCGCCCGCCACGUCCCCGCCACCCCGCCCACCUCGCACACGCCCAGCCAAUGAGGCGCGGCGGCGGCGCGCAGGGCCCGGGGUGUUGUCCGCGCCUUGCCCGCCCAUUGGCCGCGUUCUGCAUCCCGUCGGGGUCCGGCCGGCAGGCCCGAGGGGCGGGGCACGCGGCCCGAGGUGA